CCCCACCACGAGCCGAGGCCACAUGGGCAGCACACCGGGCGGGAAGCCCCUGUCACUCACGCUGCGCCGGGAAACAGGCCUCCUCCGCCUGCUCUGGGCUUGGUGACAAGACAGAGAACAAAAUGGUUGGGAAAGUUAUGAGAGACAGUUGGAGGGAUAGCCUGUCUUUCCCAUUUAAGGACACUGCCGCCCUCUCACGGCCGCUCUCCCCUCCUCCCUCCUCCUGACCACCCCUGACGCCUCCAAGCACAAGCGCACAGGGCCGCGCCUGCCCGCGCGCGCGCACCCAGCAGAAAAAUCUUGGCGUUUCUCGCGGCCCUACCCCGUGUCUGCCCCGUGUCCGGUGACCCCUCCCCCGCUCGUCUCCUGUGAAGACGAAGAUGGUGGCCGGGUGUCAGAGGCUUCAAUGUUCCCUUCAGGUCGUCGGUGUCCAAGAAGAGCAGGCCAGGGCGAGAACAAUGGCUUCUUCGGCCUUGCAUUGAUGGGGAGCCCAGAGCAAGCAUAAAUAUAGCCUACCAGUAUUCAUUCCCUCCCAAGCUUAUCAGGCUCAGUUAGAGCUUCCCUCUCUUUCUUCGUUCCCUUCGGCUAGCUCUAGCUCUGGUCUAGCCUGCUUGCUUUCGAUCUCGUCUUGCUUCUCUCUCCGUCCCCCUUGAUCGAUCCUGAUCCCUGAACGCCAUGGAGUCCUCCUCGCACAUCACCGGGGACGACGGCGGCGAGGGCUGCAACAGCUGCGAGUCCGGCUGGACAAUGUACCUCGCCUCCCCCAUGCAUGGCGACGACGCCGGUGGAAGUGGCAAGGGGAGCGGCAGCGAAGGGAGCAGCGUCGAUGAUGGCUACGGAUACAUCAUCAGCGACAGGAGGAGCGGCAAGAAGGCUUAUGAAGAUUACGCCGAUGCCGACGACGACGAUUCAUUGGCGUCCGAUGCUUCGACCGGACCGGCCAAAGUGAAGUCGCCUUCGUCCCCGCCAGAAGACGGCAGAAAAGAAGAUGGAGGACAUGGGAAGAACGGCGUCGCCGGCAAGGAGGACGAGGAAGAAGAAGGCGACGUGAGAACCAAGUUCCCGUCGACCUCCCGCAAGAAAGGCGGCAAGGUUGACAAAGGCGGAGAAGGCAACUCGUCAAGGCGAGGCAACAGCAAGAGAGGCAGCUCUUCAAGGAGAAGCUUCUUCCUCUGGUAAAUCAAACGACCGACUAAAUGUAUUAGCUUCAAUGUACUAGCAUGCUGUACGUCUCGGGCAUUUCACCAUUGCUGGUUGAGCUCAGAACCCUGUUAGAAGCAGCAUCAAGCAUGCAUUCAUGGAGAUCAAAGGGAAGGCUCUUUUUUGGUCCUUAUUUUUGCCUUCCAUGGCGUCCUCCUCCUCGUUGACCUCCCACUAGUAGGUUUAGCCGUUGCCAUGUAAAAAUCUACUGUAACCUCUGGUCAUUGUUCUUCAGUGCCCUGCUUUUAAUGUUUGCUUGCAGUCUC